AUGAAGGCUGAAUUGAAGGCUUUGCAUGAUAAUGAAACCUGGGAGCUUGUUAGUCUCCCAGCAGGAAAGAGAGCUAUAGACUCUAAGUGGGAAUAUAAGGUAAAGUUCACUCCAGAAGGACAAGUAGACAAGCUGAAAGCCAGGUUGGUUGCUAGAGUUAGACAUCAACAAUGCAUUCUUACAUGGGUUUCUAAAGAAGAAGUCUAUAUGAAACCACCUAAGGGUUACACAGAAGCUCAGGAAGGGCAGGGUCUAGAUGAAGCUUUUACUGUUAAGGACCUUGGUGAAAUGAGAUAUUUUUUGGGGAUUGAAGUUGCACGCAACUCCCAAGGGACCAUGCUAAAUCAAAGGAAGUUUAUCCUUGAUAUUCUUCAGUCUACAGGCAUGGAAGGCUGUAAACCUUCUAGGUUUCCCUUUCCUAAAAAUGUGAAACUCUCUACUGAUCAAGGAGAGAUUUUGCCUGAUCCAGAAACCUACAGGAGUAUAAUUGGGAAGUUACUGUAUUUGAAUCUCACCAGACCAGAUAUCUCUUACAGUGUGCAACAAUUGAGUCAGUUUAUGAGUGAACCCAGAAAACCACAUUUGCAAGCUGCUACUCAUGUCAUAAAAUAUCUGGCAGGCACCAUAGAUUGGGGAUUAUAUUAUUCAAUCCCUUCAUCUCUCACUCUCACAGCCUUUUGUGAUUCAGAUUGGGGAAGUUGUGCUUUUAGUGCUAGAUCUCUCACUGGAUACUGUGUGUUCCUAGGGAAUUCUCUCAUUUCUUGGAAAACAAAGAAGCAGAAAACAGUAUCCAAAUCAUCCACUGAGGCAGAAUAUAGAUGCAUGUCUCAAACCACAAGUGAAAUUGUGUGGAUCCAUGGCAUUCUUGAAGACUUGGGUCUCCACAUUCCUACACCUAUUGACUUGUUUUGUGAUAACAAGUCUGCAAAUCACUUGGCACAUAAUCCUAUUUUCCAUGAGAGAACUAAACAUCUCAAGGUAGACUGUCAUUAUGUCAGGGACCAUAUUCAAGAAGGUUUCUUGAAGGUUUUGCACAUCAAAUCCUUUCUUCAGCUUGCAGACCUGAUGACCAAGUCUUUGAGUGAACAACACCAUAAUCACCUUUCUUUCAAGUUGGGCCUCGUGCCUUCUGCUCCAACUUGA